AUGCUUUUGGGAGACGGUGCUGUACCACAUGACAUCUUCGGCCCAAUGGCCGUGAAGAAAAAAACCGGGCAGCCAAUGGGAUUGCGCAGACUGGAAGUAAGCCGUCCAAUGAGAACGCGGCGGUUUCAGUUUGAACGUGUUAGUGGUGAAGCGCCUCAGACGGGGUCAGACAGGCGGGCGUGCUGCGGUCUCCUGAGGUAUGGCGAUGGGCGCUCGGUAGUAUAGAGCAGAGGGUGGCCGGCACAGCAUCAUGGGAGUUGUAGUUUUGUAACAGCUAGAUUUUUGUCCUGGCAGCCCAGGCUUUGAAUUGCUGAUAAAGACAUUGGAAUGGGUCAGGUGUGAGAGUGGCCAUGCCAGUGUGAUAUAUAUGAACUCCCACUCCCAUGACUCCUGGCAGCCCUUUAUUAUUGGCCUGUGAGAAGGCAGUAACUUGAUGUCACUAGGUAUGAUGUAAGCAUGUCAGCAAGUUACUGCAGUCAGAUUAACCUAGGCCUACUAAAGGAUCACUAUAGUGUCAGGAAAAACAAAGCGGUUUUCCUGUAUUAUAGUGCCCCCACCAUCAGGGAAACUGCAGUGUUAAGGCUGCCACUGGUUGCUGUUUACCAGACAGCCACUAGAGGUGUUUCCUACAGUUUCAUGCAGUUUGGCUCAAUGAAAUGAUGUGGAGCUUGGUGGAAACCACAUAGGAAAGCAUUGGGUCAAUGCUUUCCUAUGGGGAAGGACUAAUGAGCUGUGCGAGCUGCGCACUGGAUUCCUCCCAUCAACUAACAGAGGAGGAGCCCAUCCCAGCACCGAGGGACAUCGGCGUUGGAAUCAGGCACAGGGACACUAUAGUGUUGGGAAUACAGGUUUGUAUUCCUAACUCUAGUGUUCUUUUAACUCCAAGACAAUGAAGCUCCCAGUAAGUGUUGCCUUUGUAUUCUUGUGCAUACACAGGAUCCUCCACAGCUGUUAUUAUGCAUGGACAAUGAGAUUUAAAGGGUUCGUUGUAACUGAGGUCACAGCUGGGAUACGCACAGUCCUUGAUGGUGCCCACACAUAUAAUAGGUGUUGUUAUUCACAUGAACUUGAAGGCUUGUACCCCUAAUCACAACUCUUUUAACCCUAAGUUAUCCCUGACCCUGCCACAUUACAGCAGCAUUGAGUACAGCAGCUUUGUGUUGCAAAAGUAGGCUUCAUCAUCAACAGUACAAUACUCCCACUAUUUUCAAUGUGUACAAAAUGCCACAAAGACAUUUUGUGCGUCCACAUUCCGUAAACAACUCCCAAAUGUGUUGGAUAAUGUCCUCUGUGAAUUUUUUAGCAGAUUUAGUAAAGGCUAAUGCAAUAAGGUUAAAUAUCGUGUGGCUCUGUCAUUGCUGGAGCUUGAAUAGUAAGUCAUUAUAAGUAAACUCAAUCAUGGCUUAAUAAAGACAUAUUUGGUGUCUAAAUGUUGUCCUUUCAUAUUUGAUGAAAGGACAACCUUCUUGCUGAGGACUUUGUUUAUUUUUGUGUUACUGAUGGGGCUCGGUGGAACAGGAAGCUUACGUACAGCACAAACACCAACAUUUAGAGUUUUAUUGGAGUACCUUAAAGAACCAUUAUAGUGGCAGGAAAACAAACUCGUUUUCCUAGCCCUACAGGGUCACUAGGUUCCCCCCCCUCCCUCCCCCCAUCCUAAUGGGCCCGCCUCCUGCUGGUUAAAACCCAUUCAGCAAUUUACCUUAAUCCCGGCACUGAUGUCCUCUCCUCUUCCUGCUUACGUCAGCGCCAAAUGCGCAUGUGUGGCAAGAGCCGCGCGCGCAUUCAAACUGCUCAUAGGAAAGCAUCACUCAAUGCUUUCCUAUAAACAUCAGCGUCUCCUCACUGUGAUUUUUCACAGUGAAAAUCACGGAAGCGGCCUCUAGUGGCUGUCAGUGAGACAGCCACUAGUGGCUGGAUUAACCCUGCAGUGUAAACAUGGCAGUUUCUCUGAAACUGCUGUUUUAAGCUGCAGGGUUAAAACUAGAGGCACCUGGCACCCAGACCACUUCAUUGAGCUGAAGUGGUCUGGGUGCCUACAGUGGUCCUUUAAGCCAUAGCAUUAUCGACAAGCUUGGAAACAUGAGACAUUACGGUAUGUUCUUGUUAAUAACUUCAUCUCUAAAUGUCCCCUAGAUAAUUCACAAUGGCAGAAGCUGGAGAGGAGUGGGAACUAUGCAAAGAAAACGUUCAACCUCUACGCCAGGGUAGAGUAAUGUCCACUCUACAGGAAGUGCUUUCCCAACAAGAGAGUGCCAGUCAUACUGUCAUCCAACAACAGAAGCAGUAAGUAAGACUUGAGUCAGUCCAGACUUGCCUUCUAGGCUGCAAAAUAAGAAUGCUGAGUGACAUGUCAUGAUAUAGAAUGCCAUGACUGUACUUUUCCUCUAUUAAAUGUACUCCUACUUCUCAUAAAUAUUUGUCAGUCACUGAAAACUAAAACGUUGACCUUUUUUAUCUGAAGCUAAUAAAUGUUAAGUAUUAAGCAUUUUAUUUACAAGUCCCUGGAGUGCAGUCUUUGAGUUUAAUUUUAUAUUAUUACUGAUAAGCAACAGGAAUUUAAAAUCUUAUGUGUUUUUAAAGGACCACUCUAGGCACCCAGACCACUUCAGCUUAAUGAAGUGGUCUGGGUGCCAGGUCCAGCUAGGGUUAACCCAUUUUUAUUUUUUAUUUUUUUUUAAACAUAGCAGUUUCAGAGAAACUGUUAUGUUUAUAAAUGGGUUAAUCCAGCCUCUAAAGCCUCUAGUGGCUGUCUCAUUGACAGCCGCUAGAGGCGUUUGCGUGCUUCUCACUGUGAAAAUCACAGUGAGAAGACGCCAGCGUCCAUAGGAAAGCAUUAUGAAUACUUUCCUAUGAGACUGGCUGAAUGCGCGCGCAGCUCCUGCCGCGCAUUCAGCCGAAGAGGAGGCGGAGGAGGAGAGCUCCCCGCCCUGUGCUGGAGAAAGGUAAGAUUUUAACCCCUUCCUCUCCCCAGAGCCCGGCGGGAAGGGGGACCCUGAGGGUGGGGGCACCCUCAGGGCACUAUAGUGCCAGGAAAACGAGUAUGUUUUCCUGGCACUAUAGUGGUCCUUUAAUGGGCAUGCUUGCUACAGAAAUUGUAUACUCUUAGACUAGCUUUGAGAGCACAGCCAAUCUGGUAGAAAUUGAUAAUUUAAUGAAAAUCUUGUUCCAGGGCUUUUGAGCUAGAACUCCGCUUUUACAAUGGAGAUGAUCCCCUGGAUGUUUGGGACAGGUAAGCAUGGUUUGUGUUUUUAAAAAGCCAAUGUUUUUUGUAGUCUUGUCACAAACUGUCUUUGCUUUAAAGAGACACUAUAAUCACCAGAACAACUAUAGCUUAUUGUAUUUAUUCUGGUGAGUAGAAUUUUUCCCUUCAGGCUUUUUUGCAGUAAACACAGUUGUUUUAGAGAAAAUGCAGUGUUUACAUUAUAGCAUAGGGAUAACCCCUAUAUAGCCCCUGAUCUGCCUCUUUGACCGUCUCCGCCAAUCCAAUGGAAAAGCAUUGUGAUUGGUUUACAGAAUCACUUCUGAUGAUGUCAGCCAAGCAGGCAGAUCAGAGGCAGCAGCUGCAUACUUGAAUACAAGUAAGAUUUUACUAUAUUUAGGGAGGCAAGGGAAGUUCCAGGCGGGCAAGAUGGUGGUUUCAACACUAUCGGGUCAGAAAUGCAUGUUUGUGUACCUGACCCUAUAGUGUUCCCUAAAUUUAAUUUGGAUUCUAUUACCCACAAACAUCAACAAAUUAUGUGUAGCCCCUUUGCCAUACCAGCAACAUCUUCUGUUGCUUGUUGAAGAUACCCUGGAAGUCUUUAACUGGAUAUGGCCUUUUUAUGAAGUCUUUUACAGUCUGUCAUAAUUUUUUUUAAUUUAUUUUUUUUACAUACUUUACAUGUACAUCAGUGAAGACUGUAAGCAUUUUCCAGAAAGCAUGGGACAAUGUUCAUUUUUAAAUUGUGACAAAUUAGCUUUCUCCAUUUACCACGUGUGUCUUUUUUUGUUAUUUCUUUCCUUACCUCUCCCUUUCUGUAGAUUUUAUUCAACUACUAGGGAAUUGCAGUACAUUUCUCACCAAAAUAUAGCUGGAAAAAUUGCAGCUUGAGAAUUUUUCUAGGUGAGCUGCAAAUUUUCAGUCCAGUGAAAAGCAUGUUGUCUUCCAAAAAAUGCGUCUUUUUGGUUAUCUUUUGCGAUAUCCUCCCUUUAUUUUCUCUCUAGUUACUGUUUGAAAAUUUACAAAAAUAUUGUCUUCUUGGCUUUAAUCGGUAUUAGGUAUAUAAAAUGGGCAGAACAAGCAUUUCCCCAGGGCGGUAAGGAGAGCAACCUGGCCCCUCUGCUAGAGAGAGCUGUUAAGAUUUUCAUUGAAGAUAAAAAUUAUUAUGGCGACCUCCGAUAUCUUGGCAUCUGGCUUAAGUUUGUAAGUAUGAAUCCUAAGGCUGCCUAUUAUUGUUGUGAUAAUUUGUGGUCCAAUAGUGUAACUCGUGGAGGUUCUAUUUAGAUGUAAAUAUCGAGAAGUUGAAUUCAGGGUGUUUUGAAUUGACCAUGUCUGCAAACCAUACCUACCUUAUGCUAGUUUAUUAUGAUCUCUCCUUGUUUAUAUCUGGCUUCCCAUUUGUUGUAUUGGAAUGUUGAGACAUGAAUCACAAAAAAAUAUCUUUAAGCAAGUCCAUCUCUGAAUUUGCGACCCCUGCAAAAUUUUUCAAAAGGGCUCGGGAUGCCCUUGAAAUCAGUUAGCAUGGCAUUUGAAUUUUUUUGAAUUCUUUCCUGAACUAAUGGAGGUUCCAGGGAAUGUUACUUCCCUCUGUUACUUUACAAUAUAGGUGGCUCUCAAAUGGGCCAUUCCCCUGCCACAAACCUAGUUAACUGACUUUGUAAGUAUUUUUGAAGUUUAUUUUUUAUUAAUCAUGAGAUUUGCCUUUUCACCUGUGUCCUUACAGUAUAUUAAAGGACCACUAUAGGCACCCAGACCACUUCAGCUUAAUGAAGUGGUCUGGGUGCCAGGUCCAUCUAGUUUUAACCCUGCCUGCUGUAAACAUAGCAGUUUCAGAGAAACUGCUAUGUUUACAUUAGGGUUAAUCCAGCCUCUAGUGGCUGUCUCACUGGUAUAAAACUAUUUUUGUGUUCUACAUAUUCUAGCUAUAGCCAUAACAAUUCUAAUUUUGACAGGACUCUGGUGCAUUUGCAGAGGAGACUUCCAAGUGUUUCUGCUUGCAUUGUUUAACUUUGUGUGUUUUGUUUUAGGCACAUUUCUGCUCAGAACCCCUUGAUCUGUAUAGCUACUUGCACAGCCAAGGUAUUGGUAUUUCCCAUGCUUUACUUUACAUCGCUUGGGCUGAAGAAUAUGAGGCCCAAGGCAAUUGCAAGAAAGCAGAUUCUGUUUUCCAGGAGGGCACUCAACGUAGAGCAGAACCCAUGGAAAAGCUGGAAAUGCACCAUCGGUAAGGAACUUUUUUUUUUUUUCGAGAUCCACCUGUGACCAAUAGAUCUGGUUAGCAGUUUUGCUCAGCAGACACCGUUUCUACCCCUCCAUGUUCCAGGCAGUUCCAGGCCAGAGUUUCCCGUCAAGCAGUACAAGGAAUCUCUGAGGGAGCAGAUACUGAGGAAACCGACAUUACUGAGCCACAGCGAAGCUACCUGGUGGAUCUAAAAUUCAGAGGAAAGAAUAAGGCACGUGCCCCUGUAAGCAGAGUGGGAGAGUUCACCAAACGUAAGUGCUGGACAUUAAUUUCCACUUCCUAAUGAGUAGUUUCCUUUUAUUUAGUAAUCCUGUUCACGUCAUGGUGGAGGAUUGUAAUUUUAUUUGUAAUUCUUUACUUUACAAAUCUGCAUUGACAACAUAGAUCUCUAGUUGUCUUUCAAUACAGUGUUUUGUUUUUUUGGUGGGGUAUUUUCAGCACGCAGUCAAAGUCUUGCCCAAGUUGGUCCUCCACAGCAAAUCCCAGCCAGGUCUCGCAUUUUGGUGUUUGAUGAGAAUGCCAUGGCACCAGUUGCUUCUGGACCUACUGUGUUAAAUCCACAGCCAUGGGCAGCAAUUCCACCUCCUCGUGCUAAAGAAAAUGAGCAACAUGCAGGACGCUGGAACUCAGGCCGGGUAAGAUACAAGCUCUUGGUAUGUUUGAUAUGAUCCUGUCUCUCUUCUCUUUAUUUAUAUAUAUUUUUGUUUUACAGUUAUGUUAUAGGUCACUGAAAUGUUUUGUACUAUGAAAAUGCAUAACAUUUUUUAUAUACAUUGUACUUUUUUUUACUGGCUUUAUAUUGCCUACUUGUAGCAAAGUGGGAUUUUUUUUUUUAUUUGCUACGUGUGAGACAUGUUUUCUGUUUCGUCAGGAAAUAUAGGAACUAAGUGACAGAUGUCGAUUAAUUCGUGCUAUGGCAAUAAAGCUCGCAUGUAAGGGGAUAACGGCAGCGAUGCCAGCUUUGAGGUUGAUUCACCAAAGUUGGAAUCAUUGUGAAUUUUAAAUUUUAGGCCAAAUCGAUGAAUUUUCUAUCUCUAGUAUUUGAGUUUAUUGAAGAAUGCGCUGCAGAGUUCUGUUAAUAUUAACCUAUUACUUUGUGUUUUUAUUCAGGCCUCCCGUAACAGCCAGUCGACGGCCAACUCAGAAGUGCCCGUGACCACUGCACCCAGCUUCACACCUUAUGUUGAUGAAGUAGCAGAACAGCAGAUUGUGUAUGUUAAGACAGAAAAAGCAAUGUUUGUUGGUUUCAUCCAUGACAUGUCUUGUUACCUGUGUAACUGUCUUGAUAGUAGUCUAAGGAGAUGCAAGGUUGGCUUUGCCAAUUAUCUUGUUUAAUGCAUUAAAUACUUUAGAUGCCUUUGAAGGCUAUUGUUAUCUCCUCCUGCACUGACCGGUUUCUUCACUAAAGUGUGUAUUGCUGGGAAUUCUAAAUUAACUUCACAUUUUGGGCAACAGUAAUUGAACCAUUGUUUCCUACAAUUUGAAAUCCAUUUUGAAUUCCUGACAAUUCACAUUUGAAGUGGUGAUUGCGCUUGGAGACUGAUUGUGCAGCAUUUUAGUUUGAUUUAAAGCACAUUGCUACUGGAGGUGUACUUACACUUCUGGCUGCGUUAUUAGGCAGCCUAGAACUAGCCAGCCGAAGGAUCUCUCAAGCUGUUCCUGGCCACCUGUAGCAUUUUUGGGGAAACUUAGUUGGCAUGCCUGUAGCCUAUUCACUAAUAACACAGAUAUGUAUUGAGGCUUGUACAUGUUCUGCCUUUUCAUGUAACAAGCAAGCAGUGGGAACCGUUCUCACAGCCCAUAUUGUGUAUUCAAAUUUAUUUUUACUGAAUGAGACGCUUCUAGUGGCACUGUAAGUUUAAAAUCUGAGCAACUGAUAUCAUUGCGUUACGGUACAAAAUCGAUGGGUUAUGUUUCUGGUAAGGGAAAAAAAAACUUACAGGGAAUUGCUGUUUUCGCUGAAAGUGUGUAUGUACAAAUAUUUCUUGUCUUUCGUAGCUGUAAUAUGUCUCCCUUGAGUAAUCCUUGUUUGUGCACUUGUUAGGACCCCGUGUAAGAUUAACCCAACAAUCACCAGUGUCCUGAGUACUCGCAAACCUAGCAAAGAGGAGGACCCUCUGCAGCGAGUGCAGAAAUCUUCAGAAGGAAAAGAGGAGAUGGUUAUGUACUGUAAGAGUAAAGAGUCUAUGCUGGAAUGGAGGAGUUCUCCUUGGAAGAGAUCCGAGCAGAAAUCUACAUGGUGAAGCUGCGUAAGAAAAGAGAAGGUAAAGAAGUGUCUUUCUAUGUGAUGUGUAGUGUCAGCAGACAUACCCAAACUUUGUUUUUACACUGAGCCGUUGUUUCAGUGUUGGUGUCUAAUACACCAAUGCCUGUAAGAUAACUGACUGAUUCGAUAUCUAUCUAGGUCAGGGGUGCCCAAAAGGUAGCUCCCCAGAUGUUUUAAAACUACACUCCCAUGAUGCAUUGUAAAGGCAUGCAAAGCAUCAAUGGAGUUGUAGUUCUACAUAUGGGCAUCUACUAUUUGGGCACCCCUGAUCUAGGCAUUUUAACAACGGCUGACAAUUAUACUUGUACCACUGUGUAUUGCAAGCAUCGCUAGAACUCUGGAGUUUAUGCAGAUGCUUUUCUGUGAACACACAGGCUUUAGAUGCAGAUGAACCAUAGCGGACAUAAUUUCAUGUACACACUGUUGACAAGGAAUUCACUAUUAUUUCAGUGCCCCUGUCCUCUUUCUAAAUGCUUUGCUAACUAGAGAGAUGUACUUUAACUUUGCAUGAUUCCUACAAAUUAAAGGGACUCUAUUGUCUGGAGAUCAGACAUUGACAUAAUGAGAAAAAUUCUGUGUCCUUCAUAGACUUGAUAGUGUCUGUAUUUCCAUACCUGUUCCUGGCCUUCCCUUAGCUUCCUUUAAAAUGCAGUGUGUUGUCAAUUAACUCUUGCAAUUGCCCUGUUUUAAAAUAUAUCGUUUAUAGACUUGCAUCAGCCUGCAAACAAGCAUAUCUUUGCCAGCUAGCAUUGAAAUGAUUAUAGGCAUUCAAUGGUAAUGAUUAACCCCUUAAGGACACAUUACAUGUGUGACAUGUCAUGAUUCCCUUUUAUUCCAGAAGUUUGGUCCUUAAGGGGUUAAACCACUUUGCUUGUAUUUUCCUGGCAAAUAAAAUGGAUUGCUACCUGGGCUGUAUUUAUACAAUCCACCUCAACUCUUCCUUUUUUGAUUGUAGAGUUAAAGGGACACUCUAACACCAGAAUCCCUAAGGCUUAAUGUAGUGGUUCUGGUGCAAAGAGACUGCAUUGCUGAAACUUCAGGGACAAACAAAAAGGCAGUAUUUACAGUGCUUCUGAAGGACAUCUCUAGUGACUGUCACUUAGCCACUAGUAGAGCUUCUUGUUGUCCUUUGCAGGACUGGAUUUUGAUUUCUGUGCAUGCACAGUUUCCCCUAUGGGAAAGCAUUGUGUCGUCAUGGAGAUAUAAACUUUACAAUCUACAAAUAACCUAAUGGGAAUAUUAUGUUUAAUGAGGUGUUUCAUAAUAUCUUUCAAAUAACUUUUAUUUUGUGUUUUUACUUGCAGCUCCUAAUACAGGUCAGUCAGCAAAUAGUCAGGAUCCUGUCACUACCCACCCUUUUGCUAUACCCCAAUCAGCAGCAACGUCUUAAAUUUCCACCCCUUUCUAGCCAGCGUGAAAGAACCAGCUUGUAUUUUCCACGAUGGUCUCAGUCAGCCUCAGUGUGGCAUGUCAACCAAAAUGCUAUUGCAGUCUAGCUGAACUCUUCUCAUUCUGUGCCUCCAUGCCAGUGGUGAAGUGCAUGUGAGUUGGCCAGCACUUGGUAUAUGUAUGCACUUUUAUUCAGGAGCUUGGGGUCUCAUGUACCCUAGGUCACCAGGGUCAAGCUUGCUUCCAUCUUUAUUGGUGUCACAAGACUUUUAAACUAUAUUGUUACUAGUUAUCUUCACCCUAUGUCUGUCAUCCAUAGCCAAACUAACGCAGUCCACAUUAUUGUACAGAACUUAACCCAUCUGCUACCGGAGGUGUAAUGCCAUUCUCUGGCAGCAUCAUUAGCCAGCCUUUAAACAAGACUGCGUACAAAUUUGGUGUCUGCCCCAUGCCCUUCCUAGACUGAUGUCAGCUCUAGAGGGUUGGACUGCAGGGAGAAUUUGGCCUCAUCACUGGAACACGGGUAGUAACCAGCAACGUUGACUGUAGCCAAAACCAGUGUUUGAUGAAAUCAACUUUUUUUUCCCCCUUUGGUUGGGGAAACCUUUUAUGAUAACUUGGAAAAUGUGGGCAGUGACUUUCAACAGAAAACCAGCAUGCUUGUGGUAGGGGUGGAAAUUUACUGAAAGGGCAGUAAUAGAAUCCAUGAGCAGUGUGUGAUUUAUCAGCCGUCGCUUGAGUGGACACCUGGACUGCAUUGGAAUACAGCACCUACAAAGUGCCAGGAACUAUACAAAUAUGUGUAAAAAUAGACUGAAAGAAAACUAUAUCUUUAACUUAGGAGUUAACUUUGAGAGCAGAUACACGUACAGAGUGGGGAAACAUUAGCUUGACAGACUUACUGACCAAAGUGGAGGUUUGUGAGUCGCUAAGAGAAAGCUCAGCAUUUCAUUGGUUUCCAUGGAGGUUGGUCUGGUUUGAGAACUUUCAUUCACUUUUUUUUUUUUUUUUUUCAUUAAUGAAGAAUGUCUGUCAUCUACUUCAUACAUAGAUCUUUCCUAUUGUUGGGAACAAUUAUCUCUUAAUGAAUUUAUACAAAUAGAUUCAUAGAUAUUGCUUUUUUUGAAACUUAAGAUCUAUUCCUUUGUUUACAGAACAGGGUAAUUGUUAACUGAUAAACUACCUAUUCAGUUUGAUCCUAACUACAAGGGGCAGUAUUUUGGCAGGAUGUAACUAGGGGGCAGCCUGUGUCCACUGACAGUUAAGGUGUUUGAGUUAAACAUGACUUUCAGAUCACUGUUAUGCAAGCAGUGAGUGCACUAGGGUGUUAAAAUAUGUUUCAAUUAAGCCUUAUCUGACAGUUUUACUGUGAACCACUGCCUGCAGGCUCCAGACACCUUUGUGUUUCAGCUAAAUAAAUGCUGGCACAAUAUUAUCCCUGCUAAAGUUAAAGUAAGCCCUGUGAAUAUAUAACUAAUAUAUUGUGUAACCAUGUCUCUGCAGUAAGUUAAUUGCUGAAUCUAUGCAUAUUUAAGGAUCUUUGUGCAAGACAUGUUUAAGCAAUUGUUGGUAUAAAUCAAGCACGAUUCCCUCACUUUCAUGUAGUUUGUGUUAACUCUUGACUUCCAGAGGGGAAAUGUUUUCAUAUUGGAGUGAGGUCUAAAUAAUUUGACCCGCAGUGCUGAAUCUGCUUUGGUUACUGUGUGUUUAUUACAUGCACUCACAUUUGCUUGUGUUUCUUUUGCAUGUGAUAUUUAAAAUAAAGUUUUUAUCUCAGAAUGUCCACUUGUCAUUUUGUAUAUACUUUCUCUUUCUAUCUGUUUAAUAUUAAAUAUUUUUUUUUAUACUAUCGCCUCCCAAAAAAGAAUAAUUAAAAAGUGGUUUGAAUAGUUGCAUCUCUGUUAAAGGAACAUUAUCCUUAAAAUGUGUAUUUUAAGCACGGAGUAGAAUAGGGUAGAAAACUAUGCAGGUUUUUUUUUUAACCCUCAUUACCUUUGUCACUUGAUGCAUGAUUACAUGAUGCAGAUCAUAUAUUGCACCCAGUUCCAGAAAUGAUUUGCAUUUAUGAACUUUGAACGUUAUGCCAGUCCCUCAAAACUGUCAAUCGUAACUGGAAUUCUCCUUUCCAGCAGACUAUCAGAUUUUUGCCCAUAUUGUCUCUGCAUAGACAGCGUUCUCUCCUCCCCAGAGAGCUAAGCACAGCCUUACAAAUUGCGACACAGCACAUAUUACUAAACAGUGAACUGGGCCAUGUCUGCACCCGUGGGAACUUUAUUUUUUUACGAAGUGACAACCAGUUUUAAAGUAAAUCUAUAUUUAAGUUUUCUAAAGUGAUGGAUUUUGAUGGUUAAAUUCAUGUUUUGAACAUUCCUUAUCUACUGUAUGAUCCUGUAGAGAAUAUUGAACUAGGAAACAAACAUUUUUGAUGUAUCAAAGGUAGAUCCGUGAAAUAAUUAGGUAUUUUUAGUUUAUAUGAAACACUUGUUGGCAUGUUCACUUACCAUGUGAAAGCUGUAGCUUAUUUUUAUAUAUAUAUAUAUAUAUAUAUAUUUUACAGGUACCAUGACCACUAUAGGUCACUGUAGUGGUUAUGGUACCAGGAGUAUAUUGGCAUCCUUGUACAGUAAGUAGUUGACCGGUUUUCAAAGCUAAGCCCAGCCGUGCUCAUUUCCAGCCUGUGAGCUGAGCCUCUAGUGCAAGUCUUGGCUAACGGGAGUUGAUGGAAGCUAACUGCAGGAGCUCUAGAUAAGUUGUUAAACGCUGGAACGGGACAUUUGAAUUAUUUCAAACCCACUUUUGUGUUGCCUUACUGUUGAACCUUUUGCAAUAGAAUUUUUAUUAGACUCCAAGGAGGAGAAGGUGGGGAGGGGAUGGGUAAGAUCCUUUGUUAACAAAUGGAUGAAAACAUUAGCAACUUUUCUGACCCCUGGGUUUAAAUCAGGUGAUUAAUUCUGAUGGACAGCAAGAGGUUAAAAUAAAAGUGGAAAAAUAUUUUCCUUGAAGCAGUGGGGUUCCACUUAACUGAUAAAGGCCUUUAAUAUGUUCAACGCAUCCACUUGAGUACCAACUAUGGAACUAGUCACAGCCUCUUUACAUCAACCAUACAUGAUUUUAAAAAAAUAUUAUUCUCCUUGGAUUGGAUAAAAGAUUUCCUUGGAUCUCAACAGAUUGUGCCUUUUUUUUUUUAUAAGCUCAUAAAAGACCCAUUAUAGUCUCAGUUCCAGAUUUCUUUAGUCAAAUUUUGCACAUGGAGUCCACACACACAUCCUGGGCAUUACGCUCUCCUUACAGGAGAGGAAGGAGAAUUGCAGACGGUGAACAGGGCUAUGUGUAAAACGGCAAUAUGGCUAUCUGUUUAUCGAGCACUUUCUCCAACUUUUUUUUUGGAGAUAAUCCACUAAUCCCAUAAACACCUCUGCAUUCUAGAAUGAGAUUAUCCUGACUAGAGAUCUCCUCCUGCUGGUCGACCCUUUAAACUUCCUGCAUUUACUUUGCUAUCUGUUAAUUAUCAAAAUAUCUAACUCAAUAAACAUUGCUUAUGGAAAAUGGUCAAAUCUAGAAGUAAAUUUGAAUCCUAUUGCUUAUGUAAAAUAUCCCAGUCCUUUUUUAAAACCUAACUGAAAAUGUCAGGCAACAAAAGCCAAACUAAUCUUACUAGUUUCAUUCCCAUCUUCUUUUCCCAAAGAGGUCUAAUCCUGAACCAAACGUUUAUGUGCAAUACAAUCCCUCCACAGACAUUGAUCUUUACUCGUGUGAUUUUGUCAGAAAUUGAAAGUUAUUAAAAUUUUAGGCAAUGGUUGACAAAUGGAAGAAAAACAAUCUGUUUUCAGUUCAUCUACUUUGGGUUAACAUUCAGUUAAAGGACCACUAUAGGCACCCAAACCACUUCAGCUCAAGUGGCCAGCUCAAGUGCCAGGUCAAUCUAGGGUUAACCCUGCCUGCUGUAAACCUAGCUGUUUAAGCCUCUAGUGGCUGUCUCAUUGACAGCCGCCAGAGGCGCUGCCGUGCUUCUCACUGUGAUUUUCACAGUGAGAAGACGCCAGCGUCCAUAGGAAAGCAUUGAUAAUGCUUUCCUAUGGACGAUCUGACUGUGCGCGCGGCUCUUGCCACACAUGCACAUUCGGCCAAAGAGGGAGGAGAUUCCCCAGCGCUGAGGGAGCCCGGCACUGGAGAAAGGUAAGCCUUUAACCCCUCCCUCCCCCUAGAGCCCUGCAGGAGGGGGGGCACAAUAGUGCCAGUAAAACGAGUUUGUUUUCCUGGCACUAAAUUGGUCCUUUAAAAUUGGCCGUGAAUUCCUGACUAUCACUCUUUGAGUAACCCUUUUGUUCGAGGAGCUUCUGUACCUCUUAAAUCUUGGGAAUGAAAGAAAAUGUUAUGGGGAAAUACAUGGGUUUGCUACUUGAAUAAAAAAUGUUCACUUGGUUUGAAAUAUAGAUGACUGGUCUAGCUACAAGUGUGAUACACGGUAAUUCACGAACGUGAGAAUUGUUGGGAAUUUUAAAUUCGAGGUCAGUGUAGACUAACGGAUUGCAUAGAUGACCUGAAGAAUUUUUCCAGUUUGUUUUUAUUUUUCGCUUUGAAAUUCAAUUUGAAUUUGCUGUAACAUUCUUGAUAAAUUUCACUCUAGUGAAAGUCUUGUUACUGUAGACAUUUCACUUGAUGUAUAUCAGUACAGCUACUGUCUAACACGUUUGUUCUGUUUUUUUUUUUGUUUUUGUUUCCUUUUAACAGAAGAAUUACAAGCCUGUGCUCAACGUAGACUGGAGAUGGAACGGAAAAUUGAGGAAAUGGAGAGACUGCUGAAAGAAGCAGGUCUUCGUCUAGACGAGAAAGUAAAUGAACAGGUACCCGAAGUUUAUGCAGAUGGAUCAUGUUAAAUAUUGGUCCUUUUUAAAUAAAUACAUUUUCAGCAUGACAUUAACAAUUAAAACUUGUUUGGCUCUCUCUAGCCAGAAGUUUUAUAGCUGUAGGUCUGCAAAAUAAGUGGAUGUCAAACAUAUGGCCUGAUUAACUUAAUAUGCAGCAUGUGUUUGGGAGGUAUCACGUUGGAGCAAGGCAUCCCCCCACUACCCCAUUGCUUGGUCUGAGUGUCCCUGUGUGUUAUGUCACUUAUCCGUAUUAACAACUUUGUGCUGUUCCACUAGGUGGCGCUGCAUUGAGUAAUGAUGUGUUAUGCAAGCAGAUGAGUCUAACUGCCUACUGCAUAGUGAGACAAUAUAGAGCAUAUAAUAUGUAGAGCAAUGCAUACCAGAUUAUUAACAAAUGUGUUAAUUGGCAGAAUUGAAAGAAUUUUUUAUUUUUUUUUAUUUUUUUUAAACCUCAAAAUACCCGCUUCAGAAGAAUUCUCGAAGUCCAUCCUUUUUCCUAAAAUUUUAAAUUGACUCCGACUUCCUGACAAUUCACAUUUUAGUGGAUAAUCCUGUUAAUGCUCUUGCCCCCUACUUUAGACUGCCUGGGAUGUGCCUCCUAAUAUAGCAAUGAUCAUCAUUCUGCAAGUUUAAAUUGUUACUCCAAGCACCAUGCCCUCUUCAGUGAUUUUAAUUGGUUAUGGUGCCUGGAGUCUUUAUAUACAGCAUUUUUCUAUAACUCUGCACAUAUGGCGCUUUUAACUAGUAAUGCCAUUGGGUACAAUGUUGGUCAGCCUGGCACAAGAUAUUCUGGCUAAUGUCAAUUCUAUGCAUGGACACUGUCAUUGUAUGAGAGCAGUCAGCUGUCGCAGUAUAUUAACAUCUGGCGUCUGCAGCUCUGCACAAGAUUGGUAUUGUAUACCUGGUGAACAGGAAACCAUGCUCUCGGACAGACCCAAGUAAGAAGGCAAACCGUAGCAAAACAUUAGAAGCACCAUAACUACAACAGCCUGCAGGGAUCUGCAAGACUGCGCUAACUAACAAUGAGUCAGCUGAGUGCCUCCAACCAAACACUGGUUGCAUCGGUCAGGCUUCACUCUGUACCGAUAUCUGGCUUAAUCUGCAGGAGAAGAUCAGAUGCAGCCCGGGUUCAUGAGGACCCAGGUAAUUUGUCAAAAUGUAGUAAAACGGUUUUGACUACUUACCAUAGAAGGCCUUUAGGGCAUGCCCGGGCACCAUAACCACUGAAGUGAGUUGUACUGGUUAUGGUAUUUAAAGUGUUCCCUUAAUACAAUAAAUUUGCCAUCCUUCAUUCUCUGAAAUGUAUUUUUUUUUUUUUUUGUAAAUAUAUUUUUAUUUGUUGUGCACAAACAAAACAGCGAGACUCGCAGGUCUCCAUUAACUCAUUAGGUGCAAUAACACUUGUACAACUUGCGAGAGAAUAAGAAUGUUUUUAAUAAGUGUUGAUGAUCUACAUUUGGUCUCGCAGGCCCAUAUUGUGAAUGGACUCGCAGGUCCCUCAUCAUAUUAUUUUUCCCCCUUGAGUGUAAUCUUUUGCUUGUUUUUUUCCAUGCUAAUAAAUUACCUGCGUGGUAUGCACGUCUUCAGUUACAUUGAGCUUUGAACAGUUUUAAAAGUUUGUAUGUGCAUUUGGGCUCGCAGGUCCCUUGCAUGUGAGACGUGUGUGUGUGUGUGUGUCCCUACUGUGUAAGCCUGUCUACGGGGAGGUUGUGUAACAGCCCGGGUCGCAUGGUCUGCAUCUUUCGUCUUUUGUCCCUUUUUGUAGGGCCUUGUAUGAUUUAUGCGUUCUCCUUGUCUAUGUGUCUGGUCCUCUCGUGUCUGUUUUAGUGUUUAGUAGUCGCCUUAGUACUGGUAAGCUAGUGUUGCUGAGGGUGCUACAGCCCCUGCUGGCUGUCUUCUCCCCCCUCUCUGGUUUUGUGGCAUCUUUUGACUGAAUCAUGGUGGUGUCGAUGUCAAUUUAGUGAAAUCUGGGUCAGUUGUCUUUAGGAUCCAAUGUGUCAAAGUGUUGAGGUACACUUGGAAUGUAUCGUUAGCUGUAUGAUGAAGUUCCUCUAGGGAUCUCAGUUCCUCCAUUUGUGUGAAUCAGGUCUUCAGGGGAGGGGUAACCUGUUGUUUCCAAUACUGUGGUACUAUCAAUUUGGCCGUGUUUAAUAUGCGGAUUGUGAGUGAUUUCUUAUACGCUGUUCUGGGGAUCUUGGUGUGGUGUAAGAGCAUUGCUGCUGGGCUAAAUGGGAAGGGGUCGUCUGUAAACUUUCCCAGUAUCUGAUGUAUACCUGUCCAGUAUGGGGCUAUCUUCUUGCACUCCCACCAGAUGUGUAGGAGCGUGCCUCCUUCCUCCCCGCACCUCCAACACUGGGAGGGGUGGGAUCGAAUGCGGGCAUGUAGCGUCGCGGGAGUGUGGUACCAGUGCGUCAGUAGUUUAUAUGCCGUUUCCUGAGUCCUGCUAAAGCUGGAGCAGUGGUGUGUCAGAUAGCAAAUUUUCUCCCACUCCGCCUUGUCAAAGGCUUGGCCUAGCGCCGCCUCCCACUUCCCCAUGAACUGUGGUUGUGCAAUUGGUGUGAGUGUCAGUAAUAGGGUGUAUAGCACCGAUACUCCGUGUGCCAGUGGGUCGGGGUCCAGGCAUAGGGUCUCGAAGGGGGUAGUGGACCGAUGUAGUAUCGGUCCCUGUGGGAGUGUGGUGAUAUAGCUCCGUUUGUAUUUGAGGUGCAUCAGGAAAGUAUGUUCAGUGUCCCCUCUCAGAUCCUUGAGUGUCUUGAUGCCCUCAGGGGUGUGGAUGAGUCUGGUUAAUGGGUCCUGUAUUAUGUCUUUGAACGCUUUCGGGUCCAUUCCCGGUGGGAAGUCAGGGUUGUGUAUCAACGGUAAUAGUGGGGUUGGGUAUGAGGUUAGGCCGUGUCUCCCUUUUGUGCGGUUCCAUUCUCGUAAGGUUGCUCUCGUGUAGGGGGACUGUUUCUCAUCCCCUUUCCGAGCCUCGGGUGGUAGCCACGGUAGUAUUGCAACCGGGACGCCCGCCUCGUGGUCCUCUACCUGCUUCCACUGUUUAUGUGUUCCUGGUUUAGUCCAUUCCAUUAUCCGCAUGAGAUGGCAGGCCCUAUAGUAGAGGUGAAAAUCUGGCAGUGCCAGUCCGCCCCUGUCUUUUGGUUGUGUGAGUAAUGCGUGGCGCAACCUGGGCUUUUUCCCGUUACAGACAUAUUGGGUUAGGGCCGUGCGUAGCGUAGAGAAGUACGCUCUGGGAACCGUUAUGGGAAUUGUUUGGAAUAGGUAUAGUAGACGCGGCAGGAAGUUCAUCUUCACCACCUGUAUCCUGCCUAGCCAUGAAAUGUGAGGGUGUGCCCAUUCCUGCAUCUCCGAGCGCAUCCUCUCGUGCAUUACGGUGGUUUUCCUUGAAUAGGUCCCCUUCACGUUUGGUUAGCCAGAUACCCUAGAUAUUUGAUUUUUUUUUUGUGUUGCCCAUUGAAAUGUGUAGUGUUGGCGUAGAGUUUCCGCCCUGUGUGCCUGGACGUUAAUGUGAAGUAUAAAUGAUUUAGUGAGGUUAA